AUGCGCUCCGCCUUCCGCCACGCCUCGACGCUGAUGCACGACACGAUCGACUCGCCGCCGCACCCGGAUGAAGCGCGAGGCGUCAUCGACCCGAACCAGCAGAGCAUGCUGGGCGACUGGGAAGAUACCUCGCGCAGCCCCCGUCGGUCGUCGCAGAUGCAGCAGCAGGGGCACUCGGUAACAAACUCUUAUCCGGCAGGACACCAUGUCGACCGCCAGCACACCGCCGGCUGGGAGCCAGUCAAGGCAGUUGCACAGGAACGUGCAGAGCGAGAGCAGGGCCUCUGGGCCGCGCUCUCGCUGGGCGACAACCCACCACAACAACAGCAGCAAGAGACACCCACGCAGUAUCGCGCGCAUUCCGACGAGAUCGAGCUGAUUCAGCGCUCCGCCUUACGCGCGGAGCUGGGAAGCGCAGAGAAAGGAACGCGGCUGUUGCUACAGGAUGGCGUUGCACAUCGCGAGCGCGGAGAGGACCUUACCCGGUUGCACUCGGCACCCGAGCACAAUGACAUCGCCAAAGGAACCGCAGCGCACGCCAUGGUGCGCGGCCCAAGCGAGUUCGACUUGGCGCAUGGUUCGCAGGGCGGCUACAUCGCCGAGAUGGGUCCGGACGUGCCGAUCACCCUGUCGCACCUAUUCAAGCGCCCGCUGAUCCGACAAUGGAUCCACGACGGCAAGAUCUACCGCGAGACGUCGGAGCGCAUCCCUUCGCGCUUCGAGCUAUUCUUCGACCUGGUCUUCGUCGGCGUUGUCCAUCGCCUUGCCGACGGCGCGGCCGAGGCGGCGACGGGAAUAAACGUCGCCAAGUUCGUCAUCGUUUUCUAUCUUGCCUUCUCCGUCUGGACCGACACGCGCGGCUACAUUAAUCAAAGCGGCACCGAUGAUGUCUGGCAGCGCCUAUACAUCCUCUUUAUCAUGAUUCUCCUCGCCGGCUUCGCCGCCAACGCAACCGCCGUCAACAUCGUCGACCUGAGCGGCCACACGGACGUCGGCGGUUCCGCCGCCGCGCUCACUGAUCCCCCAGACGGUGGUUCCACUGGCUCAGCCGCAGCGACCGUUAGCGAGCACGCCGCCCGCGCAGUCGUCCUUGGCGCGGCGUGGGCGAUCAAGCGCGCAUCGGAAGGUGGGGCGGAGGGGGAGCCGGAGUUCGCAGCGGACAUGGGCGCGCGCCUGUUCAAGUCGUACUAUUUUGCCGAGGGCUGGCACACGGCCGUCUUCUGGGCGAUCGCCUUCUUCCUAAUCGCCAAGUGUGCGCGGCUGCUGAUGCUCUUCAUCUAUGGCCUGCUCCUCCCUCGCUUCCGCAAGGCGCUUUGGCUGCAGGGCCUCUUCCUGACGCUCAUCGCGUCCGUGUUCAUGCCGCUCAUGUUCACCACCAACACCGCUGCUGUCAUGAUCCUGUGCGUCAUCGGUAUCGUCGUUGACCUCAACAUCAAGUACUGCAUCGCUGCCGCCAACCAGUGGCUCCACGGCAGGAUCAAGCACCGCGGACACCACACCUUCUUCCCUGCUGUCUCUGUCGAGCAUCUUCAGGAACGCAUGGUUCUCUUUUCGAUCUUGAUCAUCGGCGAGUCGAUCCUCAACUCGACAUAUACAGCGCAUGCGGGCUCGUACGGCUUCAGCCCGCAGUUCGGGCGCGCAGCAUUGGCAAUCAUGAUCGCGUUCAUGCUGAUGUGGAUCUACUUUGACGCCGACGGCUCGCGCACGUUCGUCCAUGCGCUGCGGCGACACUGGUGGCCGUCGAUCACGUUCACCAACAUCCACUUCCCGCUGUGCGCGGCGCUGAUCCUGAUGAGCUCGGCGCUGGCGAAGUUGAUCGCACUCGACGACGUCCAGCAGGGCUUCCGCUGGUUCUUCAGCGGCUCGCUUGCUCUGGCCAUGGCGUGCAUCGCAUUCAUCGCGCUGAUCCACGAGUCACUCGAUCUGCACGGCUCGGCGUUCGCGUCGACACGCAUGCGCAUCGGCUUCCGCUCGCUCGUUGCUGGGGGUUUUGCGCUUCUGCCGCUCAAACAGGAUUGGUCCUCGCUCAGCUUCCUCGGCGUGCAUGCCGCCAUGCUCGUCGUCGUCGUCGCAUUCGAGACGCUCGGCAAGAUCGGCGCCAUCGGGCGCGUCUUUGACGGGCAGAAGGCCGAGGAGCUCGCGCGCUGGCGUGAGGCAUACCGCGCCGAGCGCAUGCGCCAUGAUGCCGCUGCAACAGGAAACGGCAGCCUCGACAGAGAGGAAAAGGAGCUCGGGGGCCACGGUUGCUCUGCAUCGCAUACCAUGUUCAUCUCUCAGUCCGCCACGGGCACCGGCUCGCUCAUCUCAGGCUCCGAAGAGUUCGGUCACUCACGUAAGGCGUCCAAGGCCCAGAUCGCUUCGGACCUUGUCGCGCGGGGGCUCAUCGACAGCGGGCAGAGCAUGCUCAACUUUGGUCCGAGCAAGUACGGCAAGGACUGGCGCUGCCCGCAGCCGACGUCCAAGGACACAUGGCACACGUACGAGGACUUGAGCUACAACGAAAGGGGCGAAGAGGACGUCGGGAACGAGGGCGAGCUCGGCAUGGUCGAGGCGCAGUCGCUCGUCGCGACGAGGCGAUGGGCGCUGGCGUCGCUUUGA